UGGUUUCAUUAUCUGUGACGGGACGGGCAAGCAGCUGUCAUUUCAUAAAAUAUUGGUGUUUCAAAUCAAUAGUUGAAUUUAGUGGAAAUAAAUGCUGUUUUCUCUGAAUAAAUGCAUUUAAAUGUGAAUAUUUAAGCGUAGAAUUACGUCGCUUGUCUUAAUUGAGCGAUUUUUCAAGACUUGAGUGUAGUAUUAUGGACUUUUUCAAAGUUAUUUGGUGGAGUAUUAUUCGCAACGCUUCAGCGAUUAUUUCGCUCGGAAAUGUUUUAUUUUGCCAUGAACAUUGAUAGGAAGUGAGUAAAAUGGACCUUUCCCCGGAUGAAGACAACUUCCAAGGCCGUUUACUGCAUCAGGCAGCGCUAUGGGACAACGUCGAGCUCCUACAAGAGCUGAUCGCAAACGGAGCGGACGUCGAUGCGCGCGACGCCCGCAGCAGGACUGCGCUGCACGCGGCGGCUUUAGCGGACCGCAGCCGCUGUCUUCAAGCGCUGUGCGACGCGGGAGCCGAUGUCAACGCUAGGGCCGAAGAUGUAGCGGGAGGAGAGGCAGCACUAUGGGACAACGUCGAGCUCCUACAAGAGCUGAUCGCAAACGGAGCGGACGUCGACGCGCGCGAUGCCCGCAGCAGGACAGCGCUGCACGCGGCGGCUUUAGCGGACCGCAGCCGCUGUCUUCAAGCGCUGUGCGACGCGGGGGCCGAUGUCAAUGCUAGGGCCGAGGAUGUAGCGGGAGGAGAGGUAAUGUGA